AUGCUCAAGGACAAGCGCGCCGCCUUCCUGCGGCAGCAGGAGCGCGUGCAGGCGCGCACCGUCGUCGACCAUGCCGCCGCCACAGCCGCCAGGCGCCAAGCCGCCCCUUCCCCCGCCCGCGCGCCGCGGCGAGCACCGCUGUCGCGGGGGAAGUUGCGGGGAGCGGAAAGGGCAUCGCGGUGGGGGUUUCAGGGGCUGCAGGCGGAGAACUGGCUGGCGGACGCGGGGAAGUACGAGGCGGUGCUGCGCGUGCGACAGCUGCCGCUGGGGCAGAAGAUCAAGAAGGUCAUCGACCUCCUCUUCCGGGAGCGGCAGGGGCUGACGGCGGAGCAGGUGGAGGCGGUGACGAUGGUGGGACGUCACCACCAGCCGCGAGCUGCAGGCCAGCCUGCGUGCCAACCCCAAGCCUGCCGCCUUCCUUUGCUGCGUUGUGGCGCCCUGCCUGUUGUUUCCUCCAUUCCACCCCCACUGUGCCCAUCCGACCUUCCACCCACUCCCUCCAUGCUUCCCCCAUCCCACCCUCCCCGCCUCUCCCUCGCCCUUUCCCCCCCCCUCAACCGUCAUGGCAACGCAUACACGAGCAGGCGAAGCACGAGUUGGCGGUCGGGACGACCUGCUGAGGCUGAUCCGCGAGCACAAGGACGGCAUCCCCAUGGCGACGUGCGCGACUCGUACAGCGCCGUGGCGCAGCACGUGCAGGAGCUGCGCGCCAUGGGGCAGGCGUGGGUGCUGUUCAACGCGGACAGCGGCGACGAGGUGCUGUUCCCCAACGACCCGCGCAUCGCCAUCAAGGUGGACCCCGACAUCCGCGCGCUGUUCCGCCGCAUCGACCUGCCGCGCGACCUCACCGACCUUGAGAAGGAGCUGCAGCGCUGCGGCCAGAACCCCGCCAUGCCCGCCGUGCGCCGCCUGCAGGCCCUCGAAGGCGCCAUGACCGCCCAGCAUGCCGUUCCUGCUGUGCCUGCAGGCCUUGCAAUGGGGCUGGUCGCGAUGGUGAGGGGCGCGGUGGUUGAGGUGGUGGGAGGAGGGAGCAGGGAAGUAGGAGGGAUGCGGCAUGGGAGAUCUGCUGUCUAG